AUGGAAGAGCUAUAUUGGAUUCAGAAGGCUAGGAUAAAAUGGUUAAAGGAAGGGGACAAGAAUACUAGCUAUUUUCAUGCAAGAGUGAUUGAAAUCUUACAAGGAGUCCCACAAACUAUCACUGCUGAGACGAACAAGAAGCUAACCAGGAAAGUCACAGAUCAGAAAAUUAGUCAUGCUAUCUUUGCAAUGCAACCAAACAAAUCUCCAGGGCCAGAUGAUGACUCAUUGAUUUUUUGCAAAGCAAGUGCUGAAGAGGCAGGCCAACUGAGGAGAAUACUAGAUCUGUACAAACAAGCUUCUGGUCAGCUAAUCAAUGUAGAGAAAUCAUCACUGUUCUUCAGUAGGAAUGUGAGUAAUAGGCAAAGAGAAUGGGUGAUGAGAGAGCUGCAGGGAAUAAAGGAAGUUCUGCAAAGCAAGUACCUGGGACUGCCUUUGGUCAUUAGGAGAUUCAAGAGACAAGUUUUUGACUUUAUAAGGCAAAAAACAAUAGCAAGGCUAAAGGGAUGGAAACAGAAAUUACUGAGUCAAGCUGGGAAAGAAGUAUUGCUCAAGUCUGUCAUAAUGGCUUUGCCUACCUAUGUCAUGUCCUGUUGCCUUUUGCCAAAGGCUUUGUGCAAGGAAAUAUGCUCAAAAAUGGCAAAGUAUUGGUGGGGGCAGAAGGAAAAUGAACAUAAGGUUCAUUGGCUAAGCUGGGGAAAGAUGACAGAAGUUAAAGCAGAAGAAGGGCUAGACUUUAGAGAGUUGCAUGAGUUUAUCUUGGCUUUGUUGGCAAAGCAACUUUGGAGAAUUCUGACUAAGCCUAACUUACUAGACAAAGAGCUGCUGGACGAGAGAAUAAGGAAGCAAGUAGGAGAUGGGAAAUCUAUAAACAUAUGGGAGGAUAGAUGGCACCCAGAAAUUGAAGAUGGAAGAGUCAAGACUAGGAAUGUGGAGGGUAUAGAGGUAGAGAGAGUGUGUGAGUUCAUCAAAAAUGGAAUGUGGGACAAAGAAUUGAUUGCUCAGGGUACAAAUUGGCAAAAAACAGGAAAAGGAGCGAAGAUCAAUGGUGGCCAGGGGCAGAAUCCAGCUGCAGGAAAAAAAAUGCAACACAGACUUGGAAUUUCUUAUAGGGAUUGA